UUAUCGUAAGGUAUAUGAGCCGACGAGCGGUGGUUUUAAUAAGCCGGGGCAUGGUGGUUCCUGUCGUCCCACUGCGCUGGAAUCCCCUUCUCCUUUAUCUUGCGUUGAGACAACAUGGCGAUGGACAAGGACGUCGAGUUGACGACCCGGGCCGGCGAAGUGGACGAGAUUGCUAUGCAAGAGGCAAUUGAGGAUGAGAGGGUCAAGACGCAUCAGCCUGGCGGCGCUCUCGAGCGAUACAUCAAUUUGGUGUCUGCGGUGAACUUCUCGUUCAUUCUGCAGUGCUCUUGGGAGGCUGCGGCAGUGACAUUCCAGUUCUCCCUCAGCAAUGGCGGCCCAGCUUCUAUCGUCUAUGGCAGCAUCUUUGCAGGAAUCGGAACCACCCUCGUGGCUACCUCACUUGCCGAAUUGGCGUCCAUGGACCCGACGGUCGGUGCGCAGUAUCGAUGGUCGGCUAUGUUCGCACCAAAAUGGAACAGAUUCUUCGGUCUCAUGCAAGGAUGGAUCACGGUCUUCGGCUGGAUCUGUUCUUGCACGUCCAAUCCGGCCCUCAUCUCGAACGUGGUAGUCGGGCUCGCCAUCUUCAACAACCCAAAUUACGUCCCGGAAAGAUGGCACGUCACGUUGAUCAUGUGGGCCAUCACGCUAUUCCCGUUCUUCGCGAACUUUUGGUUUAGGAAGCUCCUAAAUCCUCUCGAAGCCGUGGGUGCCAUUUGCCAUGUGGUCUUCUUCAUUGUUAGCAUCGUCACUUUGGUCACUCUUGCUGAGCGAAGUACCGUUGAAUACGUCUUCCACACCUUGACGCAUGAUGUGAGCGGAUGGCAGAAUCCCGCUGUAGCUUGGGGACUUGGAUUGCUCACUGUUACAUAUCCUUUGAGCGGUUUCGACGGUGUCCUCCACAUGUCUGAUGAGGUUAAGAAAUGUCGCAUCCGAGUUCCGCGCUCGAUGAUCGCCUCCGUCGUCCUCAACGCUGUCAUGCAAUUCGCGUACAUGAUCACCGUCCUCUUCACAAUAGGAGACGUCGACUUAGUCUCAGGAGACCCCCUCCCAAUCAUCCAAGUCUACUACCAGGCGACGAAGUCCAAGCCAGCCACCAACCUCUUCGUGGUCAUGCUCGCAAUUAUCAUCUUCGUUUCCUUCUUCAACGUCUUCGCCUCGGUCUCUCGCCUCCUCUGGGCCUUCUCACGCGACAACGGCCUUCCCUUCUCCCCAUUCUUCGCAAGAGUUCACCCAACGCUCAAGAUGCCGCUCAACGCCCUCAUCCUCGUCGGGUCUUGCCUUGCUAUCCUCGCGCUCAUCAACAUCGGCUCCAGCACCGCGUUCAACGCCUUUAUAUCGCUCCCCGCGCUCGCGUUAUACAUGUCCUACUUCUUCCCCAUCUUCUUCAUCUUCUGGCGCCGCAUGUCGCGCUCGCAUCCCACACCUGUGCCCUGGGGGCCAUUCCAUCUCGGCAAAGCAGGACCGUUCGUCAAUAUCGGAGCCAUGUGCUACAUUAUCUAUAUCCUCAUCUGGAUGCCGUUCCCGGGAUUCCUGCCCGUCGAUGGCAUAAACAUGAACUACGCUGGCCCGAUCGUCGGUGCAAUUAUCAUUGGUGCGGUGGUUGACUGGUGUAUUUCUGGUCGCAAGAGGUUCCAGGUGCCUGUUGCUAGGCACAGGCCGGACUUUGGUUAGACGGGUCUGC